AUGUCAAGACAUUUUUUGAUUGGCUUAGGAGGAGGACUCACCAGAGACGCAUCAAGGCAGUCGACUGUCAACUCUUAUUGGCGGGUUCUUAAGUCUCUCUUUGUGGACAAACAUGGUUUCAGCAUUGAUGAGGGUAUGAGGGAGGACUGUGUCAAUGUACAUGUAAAUUCAUUUGAUCAAGCUGUGGGGCUUCGUUUACUGCCCAAGAGAAAGCCAUCCGGCACUAAAGGUGAUCUCUACCCCAUCCUCCAUGACCACUGGACGCGCUGUACGAAAGCCUAUGCCGGUGAGAAACAGCGCCUUUAUGUUGCUGCCGGUAUUCCGUCGUUCAUCUCCGGUGCCAGGUUGGUCUCACUAUUUGACACCCGGGUAAAGAAGGUGGAUGAAGAGGCAAAAGGGAAACCAACAGUAGUUGUGGUAGUCUGCAGGAGCUCAAAGAGCAUUGCGGGCUCUCAAAAUCGCCAUUCAAAGGAGACGAAUUCUCCUGACCUUCAGCCGAAGGUGGGAUUCUGGAUCAGGUAUCGAGAUGGCGGAUCCAAAGCACCAAGGAAACGCAAGAGGGAGCCUUCAACUAGCAAUGAGAGAUCUCACGAUUCAAAGGCUCAGCAAAGCCAUCAAUUCCCUCAAACGACACCUUACAAAGAGAUCAUAUCUGACACUGAAUAUGAGGAAUCAGAACGCCAUCCUAGUGGCGAUACGAACCCUGACCUAGAGUAUAUUGAUGAAGGGAGCGACAGCGAUGAGAGGGAAUCAAUCGUCAGUAACGAGCCAGAGGGAGAUAACGACAUCGAGUUAUCUAUGGGAUCCGUGGAGGGCGGCAAUGGUAGUGAUAUCGUUGCUGGAAAUGACUUCGAUGAAGUUGAUCGCUUCGUUGAGGAUGUGACGGACGACGACCCCGUGGCAGGACGACCAAAUAUCCUCCUAGCCAAGGCGACCGUGCUUCAUACCAAAAGCGAAGACAAGAAGCCGCGAGUUCUUGAGGAUAUCUACUGGCAACCCAUCCCGUCGCACCUCCAGGGUAUGAACUUGAAGAUCAAGAUAAAGAAACUCGACCAGCCAGUCUUCCGCCAACCCGAACGCACGGCAGAGGGAUAUCAAACAUCAGAGACAAAACCCCUCAAGGCAUCUACAUGGCAGGGCUACCGCCGGCACGUCGGCUUACUGAGCGGGCUGGAAUAUGCCUUGACUCAGUAUGUCUGGCGACGCUCGCUUAUCAGCGCUAUUAUCAGUAUGUGGCUUGUUCCUUUGAAGCUAUAA